GGUGGGUUUUAUAUUCUGUCAAUUCUUUUGUCACUUACAUUCGUUCAGUCAUUCAUUCAAUAUAGUUGAUGUUUCUUUGCUACCAAAUGCCCGACAUUUAUUCGUCCGUUUUCGUUUUGUAUCGUUCUGUUAUUCCCAAUCGUAGGUCUUCAUCAAGGAUGCCAUUGCGAUGCGAUGGUUUGUCACCAUCGGUUGGAUACUUCCGGUUCUGUUCGUCGCAACCUAUGCAGCGAUCCGGAGCAACUACACCACCGAUGUGGAGCACUGCUGGAUGGAGGAAAGCCAAGCCAUGUGGUUGCUGACGGUUCCGGUGAGCCUCUCGUUGGUCGCCUCGGUGGUGUUUCUGGUCAAUGUGGUCCGGGUGCUGCUGACCAAGCUGAGCUCCACCUCGCCCAAUCCGGCUCCGCUGGGAUUGAAGAAGGCCACCCGGGCGACGCUUAUACUGAUACCUCUCUUCGGGCUGCAGCACAUCCUGCUCCCGUUCCGUCCGGACAAGGGCUGCGAGCUGGAACGCCCCUAUCAGGUGGUGUCGGCCGUCUUGAUCAGCCUGCAGGGCGCCUGCGUUUCCUGUUUGUUCUGCUUCGCCAAUCACGAUGUGAUCUUUGCGAUCCGCUGCCAGCUGAGCCGAUUCUUCCCGGAGCUGGUACAUCAUCCGUUCCACGAAAGCUACAACGGUGGUCAACCGGCUACGCAAAGCCGCGACAUGGUCGUAUGACUGCUGGGCUUUCGACGCGGCACCAGAACCACCGGAAGCCACGAGGUCAUCGGGGAGUGCGUCGUCGAGGGUGGAGUUUAAAAUACGUUGGGAGAGAAUAGAGUGGUUAAUAUUUCGAUGUUCGGUCUUAAAAAAAUGUGGAAUAUUUAAUGAAUGUUGAUCAAAUCAUAGACUUUAAGAAGUGUGGAGGGAUCGAACAGAUCCGUUAAGGUUUUCCAAGAUACGUACCGGUCCUAAUGUGAGAUGGAAAUGU